AUGAAAUCGUUAAGAAGAUCUUUGAAUAACAAUAACAACAAUGGCUCAUCGUCCUCUUCUCCCGCACCUUCACCACCACUUCCCAACCAGCAUCACCCUCAGCAAUUCCCGUUAGGCAGACCAAGUCAGAAAGUUGCACCCCCCCAGAAAGUCAUCAAGGCCCUACAGUCUCAUAGGAGUACCAACCCGCAGGAAUUGAGUUAUAACAAAGGCGACUUUUGGUAUGUCACAGGAGAGAGGAAUGAAUGGUUUGAGGCUUUGAACCCGUUAACAGGAUCGAGAGGACUAGUACCAAAAGCAGAUUUCGAAGAGUUCGUUAAAGGUGGAAGACAUCCCUCGGGUCAGAAAUCGAUCGAUCAAGGUAAUCAAUCAAGACCAUACACACCGUCGCAAGGGCAUCUCUCACAUACUAGUGAUCCUCGUUCUCCACCUGGAACCAAUAUCUCUCCCCCACUGUCCGCUGAGAGUGCAAAAUCAAAGCCUAGACAGCCAGUAUAUGCCAUCGUACAGUAUGAUUUCCACGCGGAGAGACCGGAUGAAUUGGAUGCUAAGAAGGGAGAGCCGAUCGUGGUCAUUGCACAGAGUAAUCAUGAAUGGUUCGUUGCCAAACCUAUCGGUCGACUCGGUGGACCCGGGCUGAUCCCCGUCACUUUCGUGGAAAUACGUGAUCCCGCCACUGGUAAACCGGUAGAGAUGAAUCCGAACAUGGUACCUGCUGUGGAAGAAUGGAAGAAGGCUACUGCGGAUUACAAAGCUGCUGCUAUCCCAUUAGGAAGAUUUGACAUCGCACCGGAACAAGCUGUAACGAAUUCACCUUACGCACCCGCACAAACGUCUAGCGCGGCUGGAUCUCAAUCAUCACUCGCACGUACAGGAUCAACCAGCUCCGUCAAUCAAAUGUCAACUGCUAACGGUCGAGUCAGUCAGCCGGACCCACGACCAAGAGCACCUUCACAACCUGUCUAUCGACCCGAACAAGAUCCGAUGUUCCCACCUGGGGAAUUGACUUCGCUUGGCGUUCCUUCGUUUCACAACGAAUCGGGCAACUAUUGGUUCAGAUUACAUGUCAACUUCGUACCGGAUGAACCGACCGCUCCUGGAUAUACUUUGACGCUCUAUAGAACAUAUGAAGAUUUCUACGAUUUCCAAAUUAGCCUGUUGGAUACUUUCCCCUAUGAGGCUGGACGAUCAACUCGACCAGGAGAAGAGGAUAUGACACCGCCUGAGAGGAUCUUACCAUAUAUGCCUGGACCGGUAGAUGAUGAGAUUGACGAUGAACUCACCGAAUAUAGAAGGGAAGAAUUAGAUGCUUAUGUUAGAGCGUUGGUGGAUUUGAGAUCGAGACAAGCUGGAUAUAUCUUAAGACACGAAUUGAUCAGGACUUUUUUCGCUGCUAAAUAUGGUGAUUACUGCGAAGAAAUACCGAGGAAUGAUAUAAUAGGUGAAUUGGAAGAAAGGUUAAAUGAAGUUUCAAUCUCUCAACAACAGCCUCAGCAACCUCAAACGAAUCAUCAAAGAGGUUUAUCAGCCGAUACACACAAUAAUAAUCUCAGGUCGCAAUCUGCCGCUUCGAGGCAUUCCCAACAUCAAUCUCAGGAUAGAUAUUCACCGUUACCCGGAGGACAGCAUCAACAGAAUAAUCGAAGUAUCUCAUCAAGAGGUCCAUCGCCCCUACCUCCUAUAGAUACUCAAAAUACAUCACAUAGUAGACCACCGUCGAAUAGACAAUCUGCAAGUGGUGGUCAGACCGCAUCGUCUUUCGGGAUGAGUAGUGUUUCCGCUGGACCACCUGUAUCUGCUAAUUCAGCUGGAGGUGUAGGUGGUGGCGGAGGUCAACCACCAUAUAUCAAGAUCAAGAUAUAUGACCGAGCGACCGAUGACUUAAUUGCAAUUAGAGUACAUCCAUCUGUAACGCAUUCGGAAUUGUUCGAAAAAGUCAGAGCGAGAUUGGGACCAACUGUGAAUAUGUUGAGAUACAGAUCAUCGAUGGAUGGUGGAGCUGGAUCUGCGGGUGGAAAUCAGGGGUAUAGAGAGUUGAGGGAUGAUAGAGAAUUGAGGGAUUGGUUAAGAACUGAAGAUCAGAAAUUGGUUUUGUACGCUGAACAGUAG